AUGUCGACAUUGGACAAGAGCAAGGUCGACUACUCGGUCUACUUGGUGACGGGUCGGGAGCUACUGCCACCCGGCGUCGAUUACUACGAAUCGCUCGAGCGCUGCCUCGCACACGGCCAUGUGACUGUAGUGCAGAUCCGCGAGAAGGAUGCCGAGACAAACGAGUUUCUCGAGAUCGCGAAAAAGUCGCUCGCCAUCUGCGACAAGUACAGCGUGCCGAUGCUCAUCAACGACAACCUCUCCGUGUGUCUGUCGCUGCCCGAACGCGUGGGACUCCACAUUGGCCAGGAAGACAUCCCGGUCUCGGAAGCGCGUCGCAUCCUCGGCGACAAGCGUUUGCUCGGUAUCUCGGUCAAGACGAUCGAACAGGCCGCAAAAGCAAGACAGGAAGGUUUCGCGGACUAUGCUGGCGUGGGACCGUGCUACGGCACGCAGAGCAAAGCAGGGAUCACCGAGGACAAGGUGAUCGGCAUCAGCGGAGCGCAGAAGAUCGUCGCGGAGCUGGCGAGGGGAACGCGCAGAAUGCCAUGCGUGCUCAUCGGCGGCCUCAACCAGAAGACGGCGGCGAGGACGCUGUUUGGGGCCACGAGCAGUGACAAUGCGCCUGACGGCAUUGCGGUCAUCUCGGCCAUCGUGGCGAGGGCAGACUCGGACAAGGCAGCGGAGGAACUCGCGCACAUCGUGCGCGCCUACAAGGUCGGCCUCGAUGCAUCCGCCUCGAUCUACGACACAUGGGGCCUGUCUUCUGCUUUUGCGCUUCCUCCCGAGUUGAAUGCCAACGCACACGAUGCGGAAUGGUACAAGAACGCCGCAGCCGAUCUGCUCGGCUUGCACCGCCAGGGCGUCCACGGUCCGCCUCUGAUUCAGACCAUCACGUCGCACGUCUCGUCGACCAUGUCAGCCAACCUGGCACUCGCGUUCUCCGCAUCUCCCAUCAUGUCGCACGAAGCUGCGGAGGCGGCGGAUCUGAGCCGAGCAGUGGGAGCGCUUGUGCUCAACAUCGGUACGAUCUCGCCGGCGUCGCGCGAGGGCAUGUACGUGGCUGGAACGUCUGCGAACCGAAACCUCAAACCCGUGGUUCUGGAUCCCGUUGGUGGUGGUGCGACGCAGUUCCGCAAAGACGUCGUGCGCGGCAUCCUGAACCACACCCAGGUGACACUGCUCAAGGGCAAUGCGGCCGAACUGGCGAGCAUUGCCGGAAAGUCGGACGAGGUCCAAUCGAGAGGCGUCGAUUCCGGUGCGGGCCAACUCAAGGAUCCCGUAGGUCUGGUCAGGCAUCUGGCUCGUACGGAGAGGUGUCUGGUGCUGCUGUCGGGCAAGACCGACUAUCUCACCGAUGGCGAAACGGUCAUUGCGAGCACGAACGGUCAUCCGCUCCUGGGUGCCAUCACGGGCUCCGGAUGUGCACUCGGCGUUACGGUUGCUACAGGUCUGGCUGCAGCUUGCAACAAGGCCAAGGACGAAGAACCGGCGAUCUCGCUAGGAAACACGAUGGUCGCGCAUGGAAAGGUCGACCUACUGGUGGGCGCACUCAUGGGUCUGCUGGGUAUGACCAUUGCCAGCGAAAAAGCAGCCAGAAGAGACGACGUCAAGGGCCCAGGCACUUUCAUCGCCGCACUCCAGGACGAACUCGCCGCGGUCUCGCCAGAAGACAUUCGCGCCCAUGCCCAACUCGAAGUCGUACCCUAG